AUGGCAGCAGCCGUAGCUCUUCCCAGCUCGGCCACCGGCGGAGCAACGCUCCCCGGCUCGGGCCCCACCGUCGCCAACACCUCCACUAACAACAACAACAAUCCGGCCGGCAAUGCUUCCUCCACUACAACCACUUCCAACACUACUGCGCCGGCCCAAAAACCGGCCAGCUCUCGCACGCCCGCCGAGCCCAGAAGGGUCCGAUUCAACGUCGGCUCAAAAUAUCAUGUCAUGGAUGUCAUCGGUGAGGGCGCUUAUGGCGUCGUCUGCUCUGCCGUCCAUCGUCCUACCGGCCAAAAAGUCGCCAUCAAGAAGAUCACUCCCUUCGAUCAUUCGAUGUUCUGUCUUAGAACUUUGCGCGAAUUGAAGUUGCUCAAAUACUUCCAGGAACAAAAUGUGUCCGAAAACAUCAUCUCGAUUGUCGAUAUUAUUCGACCUCCCUCAAUUGAGGCGUUCAAGGAAGUGUAUUUGAUCCAGGAACUGAUGGAGACGGACAUGCACCGGGUGAUAAGGACGCAAGACCUCUCGGACGACCAUUGCCAAUACUUCAUAUACCAGACCCUGCGGGCGCUCAAAGCCUUGCAUUCGGCCGACGUCAUCCAUCGCGACCUCAAGCCCUCCAAUCUGCUCCUGAAUGCUAACUGCGACCUCAAGGUGUGCGACUUUGGCUUGGCCCGCUCCGUCAGGACCGCCGAACAAGAAACCGGAUUCAUGACCGAAUAUGUGGCUACUAGGUGGUAUCGAGCCCCCGAAAUCAUGCUUACCUUCAAGCAAUACACCAAGGCCAUUGACGUCUGGUCAGUGGGCUGCAUCCUAGCCGAGAUGCUAUCGGGGCGACCGUUAUUUCCGGGACGAGACUACCACCACCAACUGACGCUGAUCCUGGACGUGUUGGGGACGCCGUCGUUGGACGAGUUCUAUGCGAUCAACUCGCGCCGGUCGCGGGACUACAUCCGGGCCUUGCCGUUCCGCAAGAAGCGGCCCUUCAACGUGCUCUACCCCAAUGCCUCCGCCCUGGCUAUCGACUUCCUCACCAAGACCCUCACCUUCGACCCCAAGAAAAGACUCUCCGUAGAGCAGGCCCUCCAGCAUCCGUACCUCGAGGCGUAUCAUGACCCCGACGACGAACCCGUUGCUCCCCCUCUCGACGAAGACUUCUUCGCCUUCGAUCGCCAGAAAGACGAGAUCAGUAAGGAAGAACUCAAACAACUCUUGUUCGAUGAGAUUGCCAGCUUCCAUUCUACAGCGUAG